GGUCAGAGCCACCGGCCACGUCACGUUUUAAUAAGCUAUCUAACCUGACCUAACCUUUUCCGUUAUUUUGUUUGUUUACAUCUAUCUCAGCUAGUGUCCUAAAGAUAGCUGUCUAAUUUGCGCCUACCCUUUUUUGUUUUGUUUAUAAAUCAUAGUUUAAGUUAUCAAGUAAGUGCUAAAAUCAAGGAGAUAUGGGCAAGCACGAAGUGGGUACGCCCAAGUACAUCGCCAACAAGAUCAAAGCAAAAGGUCUGCAGAAGCUGAGAUGGUAUUGUCAGAUGUGCCAAAAGCAAUGCCGAGACGAGAAUGGCUUCAAGUGCCACACAAUGUCGGAAUCGCACCACAGACAGCUGUUGCUUUUUGCUGACAACGCCAAUAAGUACAUGGACCAAUUCUCCAAAGAGUUCUCCAGUGGCUAUCUCCACCUUCUGAAGCGACAGUUUGGCACCAAGAGAGUACCAGCCAACAGAGUUUACCAGGAUUACAUUGCUGACAGACAACAUGUGCACAUGAAUGCCACCCAAUGGUUGACACUGACUGCAUAUGUCAAAUGGCUAGGCAGAACUGGCAAGUGUGUUGUGGACGAGACAGAGAAAGGAUGGUACAUAACAUACAUAGACAGAGAUCCCGAUGCCAUAGCUGCUUUAGAGAAGAAGGAGAAGAAAGAAAAGAUGGACAAGGAUGACGAAGAGCGGAUGCUGGAAUUUAUCCAGAAGCAGGUGAAAAAGGGAAAAACAAGUGAGGAAAAUGGAGAGGAGGAGGAGGAACUUAGGCCACUCGAGAGGCCAGAGGAUGAUGCUCCCUUGAAGCUUGACAUCAAGAUGAAACCCAAAAAAAUUGUGCCAAUGUUGUUCGUCAAACCUUUGCUCGAUGGUAAACAUGGCUUGGAUAAGAGUAAAAGUUCUAAAAGAAAGUCUAUAAAAAGUGAAGAGGAAUCUCACAAGAAAAUUAAAAAAGAAAAAAACGAUAGUGAAGAAGAUGAAAAAGCAGUUGGUAAAGACAAAGGCUGGUUGGUGGUUGGUAUAUCCGUCAAAGUAGUGACUAAAUCACUGGGAGAAAAGUACCACAAGGCAAAAGGCACAGUUGAGGAAAUAGUUGACCCAGAUGGCUUUGUUGGCAAAGUCAAACUUAAAUCCCCGGAUGAGGUGAAAGGAAACUUAAUUAAAAUAGAUCAGGAGCAUCUAGAGACCGUCAUUCCAGCAUUGGAUGGCCAAGUUAUGAUAUUAAAGGGAAAAUACAGGAGCAAAGUAGGAGUUUUGAAGAAAGUAAGGAUAGAUGACUUUUGUGCGGAUAUUGAACUUGAGAAUGGUGAGAAAUUAUUAAAAAGAGUUCCUUACGAAGAAUUUUGCAAAUAUGUUCUCUAAAUCUUUGUGUAGUAUAGUUGAUAUUGUUUGUACGCUUG